AUGGCUGUGAGAGAUGGACCCACAGAACCUGCAACACCGGGAUUACCUUGGCGGAUUACAGGACAGCCGUUAAACACCAAACAGAUUUGGCGUUCAUAUGUUGCCUAUGUAAGGACAACGACGACCAGGCAGCCCACACCGACGACGACCAGCCAGCCCACACCGACAACGCCCAGCCAGCCCAAGACGACGACGACGACCAGCCAGCCCACACCGACGACGACCAGCCAGCCCACACCGACGACGACCAGCCAGCCCACACCGACGACGCCCAGCCAGCCAAAAACGAUGACGACGACCAGCCUACCCAAGACGACGACGACCAGCCAGCCCACACCGACGACGCCCAGCCAGCCCAAGACGACGACGACGACCAGCCAGCCCACACCGACGACGACCAGCCGGCCAAAGAGGACGACGACGACCAGCCAGCCCACACCGACGACGACGACGACCAGCCAGCCCAAGACGACGACAACCAGCCAGCCCACACCGACGACGACCAGCCAGCCCAAGACGACGACGACCAGCCAGCCCACACCUACAACGCCCAGCCAGCCCAAGACGACGACGACGACCAGCCAGCCCACACCGACAACGCCCACCCACACCGACAACGCCCAGCCAGCCCAAGACGACGACGACCAGCCAGCCCACACCGACGACGACCAGCCAGCUCACAACGACAACGCCCAGCCAGCCCAAGACGACGACCAGCCAGCCCACACCGACAACGCCCAGCCAGCCCAAGACGACGACGACGACCAGCCAGCCCAAAACGACGACCAACCAGCCCGUGACAUCAACACCACCUUCGACCAUCCAGCCCGUGACAUCAACACCACCUUCAACCAUUCAGCUCAGAACACCACCAACUCCAUCAUCGAUGAUGAUAACCAGUCGCGCUGUACUAUCGGCCAGCCUGCCUUUGGAAGCACCAGAGUUGGAAAUCAAAGUAUACAGUCAUCAAUGUCAGAGGGCCAAUUCGGGCGGUUUACAGUUUCCAUGGAUUUGCACGUACCAGAGGCCCGGCUAGACGAAACGUACGUGUUACGGCACCACGAAUUUUCUAGCGACUCUGAGGAUGACUCUGGGGAUGACAACGUGGACAGGUAGCCUUUUUUAAUACAUAAAA